AUUUCCGCUGUCGCUCCAGCUGGCGGGUGAAACCGUCUCGGUGAGUGAAGGGGUUCGAAACCGAAGGCAAGAGUGGGGUGGGGGGCCCGGUCCGUUUUUCCCUCCUCUUCCUCCCUUUCUCUCCGUGGACGCCUCCUGUCCCCGUCCCGGUCCCUAUCCGUGGAAGUCUCUCCCGCUCUCUUGUCUCUGUCCGUGUUUUUCCUUGGACAAUUAUCAACCUGCCCUUCCCUGGAUCUCAGUUUUCCCUCUGUUCAAAAGCCUGUUCCUUAAGGUGCUGUGCUACUGACAUUCGGGGCUUUACGUUUACGGCUCUUUCUGUGGCAGGGUCUUUCUUGGUGACUGCUCCCCACUUCUCUCCAGCACUGCCCUGCCCACAGCCCAGGUCUCUGGUCUCUCUCCCUCUCUUUCAGAGGUCUUCGUGCUAGAAGAAGAGCAGCAUUCCUCGGGGCCCGCCUCAGCCGUUGAGUUCCCCCCUUCCUCCUUAGUCCACCACAACCAGGUUUUGAAUAUCUGCCCCAGGGUUGGACAGGAGAGGCCAGCCUCCUUCCACCUGCUCCUCCCCUACCCAUGACUUGGGAGGAUUCUGGGCAGCCUAGACUUCGGACGUGAUUGGCCCAGGCUGAGGGCCGAUGUUCUGGGAACCAUUCACAGCUGUCCAUGGUCCCUGCAAGGCUGUGCCUUGAGCUUUCCAGGAGGGAAGCCGGUGGGAAACUGUAGUACACAUGGAGAAAAUGGCCCGGGUUACCACGGCCCUAGGGGGCAAUACCCUCACCGGCCGUACCAUGUACUGUCACUUGGAUGCCCCAGCCAAUGCCAUAAGUGUGUGCCGGGAUGCUGCUCAGGUGGUAGUGGCAGGCCGAAAUAUAUUCAAGAUAUAUGCCAUUGAGGAAGAGCAGUUUGUGGAGAAACUGAACCUACGUGUGGGCCGCAAACCAUCCCUUAAUUUCAGUUGUGCUGAUGUGGUCUGGCACCAAAUGGAUGAGAACCUGCUAGCUACAGCAGCCACCAAUGGUGUGGUGGUAACCUGGAAUUUGGGCAAGCCUUCCCGCAACAAGCAAGAUCAGCUGUUCACCGAGCACAAGCGGACUGUCAACAAGGUGUGCUUCCACCCUACCGAGGCCUACAUGCUACUCAGUGGCUCUCAGGAUGGCUACAUGAAGUGCUUUGACCUCCGCAAGAAGGACUCGGUCAGCACUUUCUCUGGUCAAUCAGAGAGUGUACGGGAUGUCCAGUUCAGUAUCCGUGACUACUUUACCUUUGCUGCCACCUUUGAGAAUGGCAAUGUGCAGCUCUGGGACAUCCGGAGGCCAGACCGAUACGAAAGGAUGUUCACUGCUCACAAUGGCCCUGUCUUCUGCUGUGACUGGCAUCCUGAAGAUAGGGGCUGGUUGGCUACAGGAGGACGUGACAAGAUGGUAAAAGUAUGGGACAUGAAUACAAACAGGGCCAAAGAAAUCUACUGUGUGCAGAGCAUUGCUUCAGUAGCUCGUGUCAAGUGGAGACCAGAAUGCAAACACCAUCUGGCUACUUGUUCAAUGAUGGUAGACCACAAUAUCUAUGUGUGGGAUGUGAGACGGCCCUAUAUUCCCUCUGCCAUGUUUGAGGAGCAUCGAGAUGUCACAACUGGCAUUGUGUGGCGCCACCUGCAUGACCCCUACUUCCUGUUGUCAGGCUCCAAGGACAGCACCCUCUAUCAGCACAUCUUCAAAGAUGCAAGCCAGCCCAUCGAGAGGGCUAAUCCUGAAGGCCUGUGCUAUGGACUCUUUGGAGACCUGGCAUUUGCAGCCAAGGAGAGCUUGGUGACAUCUGACUCAAACCGCAAGCCCUACCCAGGUGACCGACGCCACCCCAUCUUCUUCAAGCGCAAACUGGAUCCCACAGAGCAGUUCGAGUCAGUGUCAUCCAGUGCCCUAAGUGUCUUUGAGACAGAGCCAGAUAGCAGCAGCAUGGGCUGGUUUGUGGACACAGCCCGGCGCUAUGCUCUAGCUGGCAGGUCCUUGGCUGAGCUCUGUGAUCACAAUGCCAAGGUUGCCAAAGAGCUGAGCCGAAACCAGGUGGCUCAAACGUGGACGAUGCUGAGAAUUAUUUACUGCAGUCCUGGCACCGUGCCUUCUGCCAACCUGAACCACAGCAUUGGGAAGGGCAGCGCCAGCCUUCCACUUAUGAAUAGCUUCAACCUGAAGGACAUGGCCUCUGGAAUGGGGAGUGAAGCUCGACUGGAUCGGAGCAAGGGGGAAAAUCGAAGUGAGAACAUCCUGCUGGACUCUUCUACCACCCUCAUCACAAAUGAUGAGAAUGAAGAGACAGAAGGAAGCGACGUCCCUGCUGACUACCUCCUGGGUGACGUAGAGGGGGAUGAAGAUGAGCUCUACCUGAUGGAUCACGAGAAUGCCCACACGGAGGAGCCAGAGUAUGUGCUGCCCCAGGAGGCCUUCCCUCUCCGCCAUGAGAUCGUGGACAACCCCUCCGGCCCCGACCACCUGCAAGACAAGGCGGACUCCCCCCACGUGAGUGGCAACGAGGCAGAGACCGUGUCCCUGACCCCUGUGGAGUCCUUCUCCCUCAUUUCCAUCUCGCACACGCUCUCCGAGAGCCGCCUGCCUCCUGACUUCUUCAGCACGCUGGUGCGGGACAUGCUGCGCUUCUAUGCCGAGCAGGGCGACGUCCAGAUGGCCGUGUCCGUGCUGAUCGUGCUGGGCGAGCGGAUCCGCAAGGAGAUCGACGAGCAGACUCAGGAACACUGGUACACCUCCUACAUUGACCUGCUGCAGCGAUUCAGACUCUGGAACAUAUCCAACCAGGUGAUCAAGCUGAGCACCUGCCGAGCCAUCACCUGUCUGAACCAGGCAUCCACUACGCUGCAUGUCAACUGUAGCAACUGUAAAAGGCCCAUGAGCAACAAGGGCUGGAUCUGUGACAGAUGCCGCCAGUGUGCCAGUACUUGUGCUGUGUGCCACCAUGUUGUGAAGGGUCUGUUUGUGUGGUGCCAGGGCUGCAGCCACGGUGGUCAUCUACAACAUAUCCUCAAGUGGCUGGAGAGCAGUACACAUUGUCCCGCAGGAUGUGGCCACCUCUGUGAGUACACCUGAGUCACCCCGGAGGAGCCGCUACCAGCGCCACCUGGCCGCAGGGCCUACUGGAACAGCACAAGACUGCCAAGCCAUGCCAUGGGAUGCUCCUGCCUCUCACCCCCUCCUGAAGGAAAGAUGCCUUCAUGUCAUCUGUUCCCCAGACUGAGAGUCAGGAGGCCUCCAUUCACGGCUGAAUUCUGCCAGCAUCAUGGCUUCUCUCCAGUCUGAUGUUCCUCAUUUGUAAAAAUUGCAGAGCUCUUGUAAGAAAAGCACUUUAUAAAUCUGAGCUGUUGUUACUAUAAGUGAAGGAGUUGGUAAGGGUUACGAGAGGCUGGCAACAGUACUAGUAUGGCUUUUCCUCCUUCCAAAAAAGUCCCCUCUAAGAGGGCUGGGCUGGGCUGUCUGUCAGUGACUAGAAGCCACCUCUGACAACCUUCAGAAGAGACUGGAGCUGGAAGGUGGAUGGAGUUCAGUUCAAUUCAACAAAUAUUAAAUGCCUUGAAAUUCUA